UGCCCCCACCCCUUUUUUUGUAAUUUAAGUAUGGUACGUGGUGGUAGGUAACCGGUUUUGUUUUUUACGCAGUGACGUGAGAUAACUGUAAACUUUUAAAAAAGUCAAUAGGUAUUGAACAGACAGGACACAAACUAUGCUUCCUCGCAGGCAUGACUUCGGGGUGAAAAGGGUCGGAGAACCGCGCAGUGGCUCGGUUCUCAACCUUAGGGGCUCCGUCCGCCGCAGCUCCACCGUGCUGCCGUCGGUGCUAACUUUCCUGGUGAUCGUAGCAUCCGGAGGCCUGCUGCUCAUGAUAGAGAAAGGAAUGCUGAACGGCAUGGGGACGCCUCCACCCCGGGGUAACGGCAAGACUCUGGACCUCAUCCGAGAGGUUGGGCAGCACAGCCCGGGUGCUGAGGACGUGGACUCCCAGAUCCUCCAGGAGAUCCGUAACCGGACCAUCAGGACCAUGUGCAGCCAGAAGAACAUGCCACACAGCAUUUGGUCCCUGCCCCCCCUGCCGAGAAAGACGCUUCUACAGCACAUCCUGGUGAACGAUCAGUACCGUUUCCUCUACUGCUACGUCCCCAAGGUGGCCUGCUCCAACUGGAAGAGGGUCCUGAAGGUUCUGAACGGAGCUCUGGAGAACGUGGAAGUCAACAUCAAGAUGGACCACCGCAGGGACCUGCAGUUUUUGUCCUCUUUUAAACCAGAGGAGAUCCGCUACCGCCUCAAGAACUAUUUCAAGUUCAUGUUUGUGCGGGAGCCCAUGGAGCGCAUGCUUUCUGCAUACAGGAACAAGUUUGGAGAAAUAGAGUCCUACCAGAAAAAGUACGGUGUGGAGAUCGUAAAGCGAUACAGAAAAGGUCGGGCCAAGGACGCACCAGUAAGAGGAAACGAUGUGACAUUUGCGGAGUUUGUCCGUUACUUGCUAGAUGAGGACGUGGAGCACAUGAACGAGCAUUGGAUGCCGAUGUACAACUUGUGCCAACCCUGUGCUGUGUCCUACGACUUCAUCGGCUCCUAUGAACACCUUGAGAGGGAUUCUGACUUUGUGCUCGAGCGUAUUGGAGCGCCUCCUAACGUUCGCUUCCCAGAAAGGCAAACGUGGUACAAGCCGGUCACCACGGAGACGUUACACUAUUAUUUGUGUACCUUACCACAGAAGCUACUGAGGGAACUCCUGCCCAAGUACAUUUUAGACUUUUCCCUCUUUGCUUAUCCUCUUCCCAACACAACCACUGAACACUGCCGGCAUUAAACUUGCAAUGUAUUAUAGUUCUGAGAUUAUUUUUGAUAGAGAAUCAAUUUUUUACUAUUUUUAUUCAUAGGGAAGAAACAGUAUUUUGAUAGCUGUUACGGAUUUUUUUUUACUUGAGAUGUUUGAAUAUCAUCACAAAAUGCUGAUUAUUAGAAGAGAUGGACACCUGACUACAAAACCACUAAAGCUGGAAAUCAGCUGAAGACAAAGAUAAAAAAAAAGGAAAAUCUCUUUUUUAACGUGUUCCUGUCAUGCACUGUUACAGUAAAUGAACCAAUUCAGUAUAUAUUGAUUGUUGCAUACCAAACUUGGUAUUUUGCUUGAGAAUGUAAAGGGUUAAUAGCUUAUGUGGGCAUUUAGUGGUUUAGCAGGCUAAAACAACAAACAACAAACCAUGAACUCGCAGGGUCUGCUUUCUAAAAUCAACCUUUUGAAAACUUCUCCUUCCCCUCCCUCUCUCAUCUUUCCUUGGACUUUUUAUCUUGUAAUAAAACAGAAGUUAAAAUUU